GCAGGCUGAUACAUCCUGGAAAGUGGCCGAUUCAUCCCCGAAAGUGGCCGAUACAGGGUCAUAAUCACAUGAGGACUUUACUGUCUGAACGAAGUUGUAAUUGCAGGCUGAUACAUCCUGGAAAGUGGCCGAUUCAUCCCAGAAAGUGGCCCAUAUACAUCUCGGAAACUACUACCGGUAGUGUGUGAGUAUGCCCUAAAACAGAUGGAUUCUAGCGCUGCGGAGGACGCACAAAUGGGGAAGCUAGGGUGUGAUCCUGAGAAUGAGAAGAUGCCUUCCCCGGAGAAAAUGCAGCGUCAAACUUUUAAGUUCGCUCUGACUGGACCUGCAAAGAGCAAAUCUCAGCAUUUGUCAGUCUCAGUCGUCGGUCAGACAGCAGGUCAGACCCUCCCCGGAAAUGGAAAAGUUGUUCAGACGAAAGGGGGGGGUGAUAAACGAAAGGAACCUACAGAGGACCGUGAUUAUGUCACAGCCAUUGACAGAACGGGACUUGUGAGCCAGAUUGAGAAAAAGGAGGCUGGCCCUGUGGUGAUCCCACUGCUGGACUCCUGGAAACUGCACAGGAAGAGGGCCUUUCCGGGCCUUCAACCCAUAAUGUCAGCGUUGGGUGAACCAGUGCUUGAUGGAGAUGUGGAGAGUGAUCGAUUCGAGGAGGUGGCCCCGGAAGACCAACCAGGGGAGAACGUUCGGUAUGGGUUGGAGAUUCGCAAAGCCGAAGACGGAGUGGGUGGGAACAAUGAGGAAAGCACGGUAGCUGCUCUCCACUCCAGGUAUCACCAACAGCAGCUUGACGCACAAGCAAUGCAAAGGGAAAUUGACAGUCUCCCAGAUGUUGACGAUACGGAAACUUACGAGACCAUGCCAAUCGAGCUUUUCGGGGAGGCACUUUUAAGAGGAAUGGGGUGGGAACAGGGAAAACCUCUUGGGCGACGUGCAGACAGCGUAAUCGAGCCCAUGGAAUAUCAUCCAAGGCCCGACAGGCUUGGACUUGGGGCAGUGGCUGGCCGCCCGCCUCAAGAUGAGGCAAAUGGCAAGAAGCAGAAGACUGGCGACCGAAAGGCUCAUGGACCACGGGCUGAUAUGGCCUUACCGAUUGGGUCUGAUGGCAGGGUCCAACACGUCAGAAAUGGAGGAGAGAACCACACAGAGAGAAUCAGACGAGGAGGAGUUGCCAUUGGGAAGACAAUGGGAAUCAUCGCAGGGAGGCAUUCGGGUCUGCGUGGAGUUGUGUUAAGCAUAGAGACACAUCCACCUGAGAGCGGGAGGUCGGAUCAGGCCACGGUCAGGUUGGAAACGAGCAACGAAAAGGCUGUUAUUCGAGUCAAAGAGCUAGCAGACAUUGAUUUGCCCACCAGCAAACAGCGGACUCCUGAGGGGAGGGAUAACAAGGUAAGGCGAGAGGAGGAAGAAGAGAUUAAUAGAGAUAAGAAGACAGGCAGCGUGCAAGGAAAGGGCUCGAGGCCUGAGAGCCAAGAUUAUCGCGCAGUGAAACAUCAAAGAGGAAACGAUGAGGGUUCCAAACAGUCGCACCGUGGAUGGAAGGAGCAGGAUAGGGGUUCGAGGAGUCCGAAGAAGGAGGGAAGGGGGCUUCGUCGACAGGAUAUGGAUAAAGGGAAAUAUUAUGGUGAUUUUAAGGUAUCAAGAUCGAUUAAUGCCAAACAGACUUUGUGUGGUGAUGGAGGAGGUCAUCAGGGUGUUGAUGCAUCUGGGAAAAAGGCGAAGGGCAAUGGCGAAAAAGGGAAGGGACAACAGGGCAAUGGUGGAAAAGGGAAGGGACAGCAAGGGGAUGAACGCAAAGAUUCGUGCAUAACUAGCUGGUUGAUGGGUGGCAUCAAGGUCAGGAUCGUAAACAAGGAGCUGUCAGGUGGAAAGGUAUAUCUGAAGAAGGCAACUGUUGCCGAUGUGGUUGGUUUCGCACCUGGGACGCGUAAAAUGCUUUGUGACGUAGUGUUGGAUGAAAAUGGCAAAAUAUUACAGGGAGUAGAUGAGUCAUCCCUUGAAACCGUUCUUCCAAAGCGAGGGGGUCGUGUCCUCAUCGUGUCGGGAWGUUUGCGAGGGCAAGKUGGGAGGCUGAUGGACAAGAAUCUGGACAAGGGUUGGGCAUUAGUGCAACUCCAUGAAGAUUUGGCACAUGUUCAAGUCCAUCUGGAUGAUGUAGYAGAGAUCGUAACAGAAGAAGGAAAGAAGAAGAAGAAGAAGAAGAAGAAGAAGAAGAAGAAGAGAUUGAACCAAUGUCAUCUCCCUCCUUUUGCCAUCAUCAACUCCCACACAUAAUCUCCACCUCCUCUUAUAUGAUGAAUAGAAUACAAUAAUAAAUGAAUGAAUGGCCCAAAAUCUC